UCACAAAACUACCUCUCAACGUCUCAAACCCCCCCCCCCCCCCUUCUCUCCUCUUCGACUUCAAUAACCGACAAACAACCAACCAACCACAAAAAGAUCUUUAAAACAGACCUACCUACACACCUCACAAAGACCAGACCCCAAAGCUUCAAAUCCUCCAACCAACCCAACACAAACAAUGCGCUCCCAACAACUUCUCCUCCCAGCCCUCCUCGCCGCAGCAGCAGCGGCACCCACCACAACCCUCGCCUCCAACCUCCCGAACAACAACAACCACCUCAACUUCCACAACAACCGCCGCCAACCCCAAGACGUUUUUACAAUCCAAACCAACACCGACGCCAACAACGGCUUCGUCACCACCACCGAAUCAAAUGGGGGGGAUGAUCCAAAAACAUUGACUUGGUUCACGGUGCCUAGUGAUGGGCCUGCUACUACGGUGGAUACGACGACGGCGACGGUGACGAGUACUACUGGGUCGGGAGCGGGAGGGCAAGCGAUGAGUAGUAGUUCGAGUGCUGCUGGGGCGGCUGGGGCGAGGGUUACGGGCGUGGUGGGAUUGGGAGCAAUGGGGGUUUUGGUGGUUGGGUUGGCGGCGGGGUUGUGAAAUGGAGGGAGGGGGUAAAUGAAUGAAGAUGGAAGGAAAGAACGAUGGGAAGGAUGCUUGGUGGUGAUGCUUUUGUGGGUUUUGCUAUUAGGCGUUGCUUGGGAAUUGGGCGGGAUGGUUGGUGGUUUUGGGGGUGUUAACUUUCACAUAUAAAUGCGACUGUUUGAUAGAUCAAUUACAGCAUUUAAAAAGUACA